AUGAGCGACAUUCAGACGAUCGCAUUCUUUGGCGCCAGCACCGGCGUGGGCCUCGCUGCCCUCAAGCACACCCUCCUGUCUGGGGACCGUGGCAUCGCACUCUGUCGAGAUUCCUCCAAGCUCUCGGCCAUCUUCCCGGACGAGCCCAACCUCACAAUCGUCGAGGGAAACGCCCACGAUGUCGAAGCCGUGUCAAGAUGUCUUCAGCGCGAGGACGGCCAACUAGUCGACGCCGUCAUCACCAGCAUCGGCGCGAAACCCGUCAGGAACGGGAUAAGCCUGACGCUGGACGAUCCGGAAGUUUGCCAGAAAGGCAUGAAGACGCUGCUCGAGGCCCUGAAUCGCCUGCGCAGCAACGGGGUCACCGGAAGCCCCUACAUCGUCGCUUGUAGCGGACUGGGCACGUCUCGAUUUGGGCGCGAUUACCCACUCGCCACGCUGCCGCUCUACGGUUACUUGCUGAGUGUACCGGCAGCGGACAAAAGGGCGAUGGAAGAUUUGCUUGUUGCGAGCCAGGAGAGCUUCACCAUCGUCCGUAUAAGCAUAUUGGUCGACGGAGUAACGACUAAGAGAGUUCGCGUUGGUCUCGAGGACCCUGAAACCGGGCCCAUCUACAAAGCUAUCGGAUAUAGCAUCUCGAGGGAGGAUUCGGGGCGGUGGAUUGCUCAGAACCUGGUACUGAGGAGAGAUACGGCCUUCUACAACAAAAUAGCUUCGAUUACGAACUGA